AUGGAAGCAACGGAUGGAAAUAGAGAAGACACCCAAAAGGACAAGAGAGACUGUCAAGAUGCGAACAAUGAAGGUGGAAAGCGCUGCUUUAGCAACGAAGGAAUAAAGGUGAAUUCGCAAGAACACAAUGCCCAGGGAAUGCAGACCUACAGGAAGAUUAUCCACAGACCUGAGGGCAGCUCAAAGACCGGAAUUAUGCGAUAUGGCGUGUACAAGAAUAUCAGUCCGUACUAG